GCGUGUCACUGUCCGUAAUUACUUCCUCUUGAGUUUCAUCAAUUAAAAACAAAAAAGAAGAAAUAAUGGUGAAGAAUAAACGCAAUAGGGACGACGACGACGACGAUACGUUCUAUUACCGCUAUUCCUCCACCUCCACUUCCACCUUAUCGUCAUUAAACCAAAAGAACCCUAAAUCCAAAUCCAACGGUUCAGGAGGCCUAGCACCAUCAAAAUCAACGGUUUACGUAUCAAACCUAGAUUACUCCCUCACAAACUCCGACCUCCACACUCUCUUCUCUACUUUCGGGAAGAUUGCCAGAGUCACCGUCCUUAAAGACAAGCAAUCGCGACAGUCAAAAGGCGUCGCCUUUAUUCAAUUCGUUUCUAGGGACGAUGCCGUAUCAGCAGCAAAACAGAUGGACAAAAAAAUCCUCAACGGACGUACACUCUCUGCUUCAAUCGCCUCCGACAACGGCAGGGCGGCGGAGUUUAUAAAGAAAAGGGUUUAUAAAGAUAAGAGUAGGUGUUAUGAGUGUGGAGAGAUUGGGCAUUUGUCUUAUGAGUGUCCCAAAAAUCAAUUGGGACCCAGAGAAAGGCCAGUGGCGGUCGAGAAGCGAGGCCGGAGAGGUGGCUGUGGUCGUGGUACUGGUGGUGGUGGUGGUCUUCGUCGUGGUGCUGGUGGUGAUGAUGGGGAGGAGGAGGAGGAGGAGGAGGAGAAUGGGUUUGAGGAGGAGGAGAAUUGGGCGUCAGUGGUGGAUGGAGGGGCGGACGAGAGGUUGUUGAAGAGGGAAGGGGAGAGUAAUGUAGUGGACAGGAAGAGAGUGAAGAAAGCUAGUUACUUCAGUGAUGAGAGUGAUGAGGAGGAGUGAUUUUAAGUUUUAUAUUGAGCAUGUUAUUGGCAACUGCAGUUGCUUGUGGAAGUUUGUCAUGCAUACAAGUGAAUCUUAAUUUGAGGCUGCUGGUACUCGAAGAUGAUGUCUUGAAGAAAUGUAUUCUGCCUUAGAAUCUUCAGUAACAUGCUUAUAAACAAGGAACAGGCACCUGCUUCUGAUUUUUAUGGUGAGCAUGUUGCAACGGCUGUAGAAGGUCGAUCUGAUCCUCUGACCUAUGUAAACCAAUGCUUAGGCAGGAUGCAAUUCUUUAGCAUGAGCAGAUGAACAAUGUGCUAAUAACGCAACCAUUUUAAAUUAAUGUUCUGCGAGAAUGUACGAUAAUUAGUCAGGUGCAGUGGCAAUUUGGAUAAAGGAAAAAUAUUUGGAAUAAAUCUUGUGAGAUAGAGUAGAAUUUAUUUAAA